AGAGAGCAGAAACACAGCCAGAAAACAGAAAGAGAGCGAGGCGCUUGUGGCUAAGGAAAGCGAUUGGGCGACUUUGCUUUGAGGCGGAGGUUAUCAUUCACGGUAAUAGAAGAAUUUGCCUGCAGUCGAUUUCAAACCCGUUGCGUCGCGGAAACGUGGCUAUUUGUAAGACUGAGAGGAAGACGGUCUUAGGAACACUGGAAAGUUGUAUUAUUAAGGUGUUAAAUCUUGGAAAGAGCCCUGUGGAAAGUGAAGAAGCUGCAUGUGCAUUCUCUCACCUGCUUUGAAAAGGCUUAAAGGAGCACCAUGGAUUUUGUGAUGAAGCAAGCUUUAGGUGGGGCCACCAAAGACAUGGGGAAGAUGCUGGGUGGGGAGGAGGAGAAGGACCCCGAUGCUCAGAAGAAAGAGGAGGAGAGGCAGGAGGCGCUGAGACAGCAGGAGGAGGAGAGGAAGGAGAAGCACGCCCGCAUGGAGGCAGACAGGGAAAAAGUACGGCAGCAGAUCCGAGACAAGUACGGCUUGAAGAAGAAGGAGGAGAAGGAGGCAGAGGAGAAGGCAGCGAUGGAGCAGCCGUGUGAGGGCUCGCUCACGCGCCCCAAGAAGGCGAUCCCUGCGGGCUGCGGGGACGAAGAUGAGGAGGACGAGGAAAGCAUCCUGGACACAGUUCUCAAGUUCCUGCCCGGGCCGCUGCAGGACAUGUUUAAGAAGUAAUGGGAGUGUGGGGGGACAGGGGGCAGCCAGGCCAACCACAGCGCAAAUCCCUUUCUGUUUUUAGCCUGUCGAUUUGGUCCAUAAAAAUCCAAGCAAUCUAAAUCUAAUAUCUGAUGAUAGUGCUGCCAUGUUUUUUCUUUUCUUUCUUUCUUUUUUUCUUUCUUGACCUCAGAAAUUUCUGUCUUCAUGAAUCAAGUGAAAUGGUUGAGCUGCAUAAAAGCGUAGCUGCAAUGCCUGUUUCAGAUUGAAUCUGUGGGUCCUUGCUCAGGCAUUGCAGAAUCUUUCCAUACACACUAACCAAGCAUAUAAAACUAAACUGUAUAUGUAUAUGUAUACGUAUAUGUAUAUGCUAAGUUUUGGUGUACGCAUUGUGGAAAGCCAUUUUUUCCCUCUAUAAAAGUUAAUUCUGAGAUCUUUUUUGUAGCACUAGCGUCAAUACAUUUUUAAAGAACAUGUAAAAAAAAUGUUUUUAAAACGUGCUUCUAUGUAUAGUAAGCCAUGUUGAAGCAGACACUGCAGCUGAAUACUGUACCUUGAGCUUGGAGGGAGGGCUGUGCAGUCCGGUGAACACUGACACACACUACCCCCCCCCCCCCCCCCCCCCCCUCCCCAGCUCUGUGUAGUCAGGCUCACAGUGUUACUCUUAGUCUUCACAGACCAUGUUGCAGAUAGUUAUCUCCUUUUUCAUUUUCCAACAUUUGCUUAAUAAUAUUUUCUUCUUUUUUAAUAUUAUUAUAUUUUUAAUAGCCUCUAAACUUCCAAAGUGAACAUUGAAACAUUGAAACAGUGAAAGUUUUCAGGUUUGGUUAGGUCUGGUCAAACAUCAUUUUUCUGAUAUUCUCUGUACAAAUACAUUACCAUGUUAUGCAUUACAUCCAUUUUAUCUUUUUAGAUAGUUUUUGAUAUAUUUUAAGUACUGGUAAAAAAUCUGGCAAAAUGAUUAAUGGACAUACAGUAUGAGCAGACAGAGAGAGGUUAGCUCCCCUUCAGUAUAUGCCAGGAGAGAGCCUCCAAGGGUUUGCUUAUUGUCUGGAGUUCAUGGACUUCCAAAGACUGUCACACAUAGCUAUACCUUUUGAGUGUCCAUAGCCAGCACAUCAUAACAGUCUUUGUUUGUCAUGCUAUGCUCAUAUGUUUGUAUUAUUAUUAUUAUUAUUAUUAUUAUUAUUAUUAUUAUUAUUAUUAUUAUUAUUAUUAUUAUUAUUAUUGACAGUAACUGAAUACUUUUUGCUGCAGGCUCUGCUCCUCACUGGUUUGGUUUCAUGCUAUAUCUCUUGAUAGCUCUUUCUUAGCAAACUGGUUCCAUCAAUUCUGACUACUGUCCUAAGUUAGGUUAGUCACAAAUGUGACUGUUAAAAUGUCUGCAUGAGCUGCAAUUCUUUUUUUCUCCUGAAAUGUCUGAUUGUGAGCCAAGGGACCAACAAAAGGAAAUUACAUCAAUCAGGCUUAAAAGGGGACCAAUGAUUUGUGUAGGAGGAACCAUGUGUAAGAUGUAAUGUAAUCUGCCACAUCGCUUUCUCUUCUUGAAGUCGCCAUUGGUAACCUACUCAAAAGAAAUCUGAUACAUUUGUAAGAUGUAUAUUUUUUUAUAUAUAUAUUUGGAUUUUGAUACAUAUGCAGUAGGUUUAUUUUGCAGAUAUAACUGCCCAUUUACAACCUGUUUCUAAACUGUUUACCUUAAUGAGUAGAAAAUAAUAUACAAUAAUAUCAAGAGGGACAUCAGCACACAGAUAGAUAAAUAUAAUCCAGAUGCACCUAAAUUCCAAGCCUCAUCGCUGCUGAUCCUGUUAAAGGAAGUUUCCAGAUGUGCACAAGCUCUUCAUAUAAAAAAGGGUGUUUAUAUGAAAUCAUACCUGUGUAUAAAAUAUCAUUGUCUUUUUUAUUCUAACCGCAUUGGUUUAAAUACAUGUUUUUGUGAGCAAAAACUGAUUUUCUAAAUGAUCAACUGUUUGGCUUGUUAAGCUUGGACAGACUUGCUGAUAAACCACUUUGGCAAGCCUCUGUCACUGUAGGACCUUAGUAGUGGUCCUGUACAUAAUAAUAAUAAUAAUAAUAAUAAUAAUAAUAAUAAUAAUAAUAAUAAUGCACCCUGAUUAUUCCAUGAGGUUGUCUGUUUGCUUUAAUCUCAAGUUAACUUUUUACCGUAACAAUGCUUUGAUAGUGCUGGGACUGACAUGGCCUGUACAUUUAAAUCCAUUAACAUCAAGACCAAAGAGAAGGAGUUCCACCACUGAUACCAUAUCAGAUGUUCAGAACAGUUUCACCAUUCAGGCUUGGUUUCGUUGACUCACACAGGACAUAGGCAUUUAUUUUAAUAAUCUAAUUCUGCCACAGUUUAUUAUAAAACAAACCCUAUAGACUUAGCUCUGGAAUAUUUCAUUAAAAAAUCUCAGGUACUGGUUCUCAGUAUUUUAAACACUCCGCGGCAGGAUUGGUGGUAUUUAAUCAGCUUAUUCUUUCCCAACCGCUGUCCUGAGAGACAGAAGGAUAUAUUGAGAGACAAUACUGUGUGUGUAAAACAUGUUCUUAAGCGUCUGUCUAAAGCCAGUGCUUUGUUGUCGGCUGUGUUUCAGAAAUCCAAGCUGAUUAUCGGGCAAGCUCAAAGUUAGGGGGUAUGUAAACUGGGGUACACAAUAACGAAACAAAGUCAGCCCUUAUUUGUUUGUAGUAACUUGCAGCCACCAUUUGUGCUAGUGUUAUAACUGCGGCUGCUGUGUCACUGGGAAAAAAAACGUGCAUGACGCCAGUCACUGAUUAAAGAACUGAGAAGCUCCUAUACCGACAGAUGCACACAGGAAUACUGUAUAUACUGGCAUUUCCUAAACUGAUAUGCCUGAUGAGGAAGAGCCUUCUGCAGCAUCUGCUUUCUGAAUGCGCAGACACAAAGCAAGCCUGACAAAGUUCAUCCAGUUAGCUGCUGUGUGGAAGCAAGCUUGCUCAUGUUUCUCGUGUCCUGGUUGUCUGCCAUUGAAAGAGUGACACAGACUCAUCCACUCAUCUUUAUUUAUUUCUGUUUUAUGUUUAUUUUUAGAAAGAAAACAUGACCAGGUAAAUGCUGAAAUUUACUGCUGGGCUGCGGUGCAAUGUUGGGGGUCUCUUGUUGGACACCAUCUUAGCGGCUUGCUGCAGCUUUUUUUUUUUUUUUUUCUGUUGAACAAAAAUGUCAUCAUUUCCUGUCAGAGAAAGUGACACUUUUCUAAUAAAUGCCUUUUCAUGAGCUUUCUUAAUGAGUGUGGAACUUUCCGAUAAUGUAUUAAAACUUGUCAGGAACCCACUGAGACAGAGUGUGUGAUUCAUGCUAACUUUCACAGUUAUCCCGAAGAGGCACUUACUGGGAAGAGUGUUGCUUACAGAAUGAAUGCCUUUGUGCCUUUCUUGUUUUUUCACAAGGAGCACCCUUCUUCUCUCACUUUGUACAGCAAAUAAUAGGAACAGCACCAUAAAACAAAAGAAAGAUUCAAAUGAAAGAACUAUGAGUUAUUAUUCUGUAUCACAUGGAAGUGCUGUACUCUAUAGAAAUUGCUUUAGCAGUCUCCUUGUCAAAAGUGUCCUGGGAAAUAUUAUAGAGAAAAGCAGUUCCAGAAUCAGGCUGUCAGUGUAGUUACAUUGCAGUGAAAUUUAGUUACACUGCACUGCAGUGUCAGCCAGACUACAAAUACAGUAGGACUUGCAACCAGGUUCUUAUGCUGUUUUAAGACUUAUAGUGAUGAGGGAAUGCAUUUCAACUAGAAGGUAUAGCUGGAGGCAAAGGUUAUUCUUACAGAAUUAUAGCCUUUUCUGUUCCAAGAACCCUAAUAUACAUUAUCUCUCUGCCUAAAGAAUCAGAUCUGGACAUAGGCAGAACUUGGAUAUAAACACAACAUUGAGGAGCCAGAAUGCUAGUCACAGGUCUUUAACUUGUUGGGUUGUUUUGCUUUGUAAAAUCUAAUUUUAAUUGUUUUGCUCUGUGGAACUUUUUUCAAUAGUUAUUAAAGCCAUAUCGUUUUAGAGUGCAAUACUAAAUCUAAAAAGACAAAAUGGGUAAAAAUAAAUAAAUAAAAUAAAUUGUCGUUCCUUGUUUUUUUGUUCCAUGUAAAAAAAUAUAUAUAUAUUCUGAAAAAAAAAAAGUGUCUGACAGAAAUGUUCUUUCUAAAAGCCACAGUAAUGAUGUCUACAUGUGCGUGCACGUGUGCUUGUAUAUGUGUGUGUCUCCGUGUCUGUCCGUGAUCUUAGCUGUCGUUCCAGGUCUAUCUGACCCAUGUGCUUGAUUCCAAUUGUACAAAGGGUAGUCACAAAAUGGGCUAUUCUUCGGCAUUUAGCAGUCAUUUAAGGGAUGGAUGUUCUUAACCUGUUAGGCUUUUGGGCAGCCAUUAAAAAGCAUGAAAUAAUAUUACUCAAAGUACUUUUGAAUAGUUAGUUACCUUAUAUUGUAUGUGUAUGGCUACCUUUUUAUUGCUGUAGUGUACAGUGUUGGUAAUAGUUGUGAGGGACAGGAAGAACUACAGCAGUGUUAUUCAAAUCAUUCUCAGCUUGGCUUCAUCAAAUCAUGUUUCACUUAUCAGGGGUUGGGGUAUCACAACUGUCUGGUCCACAGUCAUUCAGCAGAGAAUCCCGAGAUCUUACAGUGUGGCUAAAGAGUAGUGGGACAGUGAUACGGUGGAGGUUCCUUUGAGAAACUGAUAUUCAAAUCCCACCUUUACUCCAAGUCGAAAGAAAUACAAAAAUAAAGUUAGUCUGAAUUACUUUUAAGCAUAUUUAACGCCUUGAUUGAUGCUAGGCAAGUCUAGCAGGCUAGUAAAUAUAUUGCAUAAAUUAUUUUAUGAAACCCCUGCAGUUAUAAAAUUAAACAAUGAGAAAGCUGCAAAUAAUGUACCACAUUGAGAAAAAACAAAAAAACAACACUCAUUCAAAAUUAGAAACUUUUGGUAACAUUUUACAUUAAAUGUCUCUAAUUACUGUGUAAAUCUUUUUGCACCUAUGUAAGUACACAUUUGUAUCAAAAAAGUAAACUGUCAGGGUUAACGGAACUCUUGUCAGAUCCCUGGAGUCCAGUGUCUGUCUCUAAACGGUUGCUCUACGGUAGGGUGGACUGUAGUAGCAGUCGCUCUGUGACUUUAAUGUAUUAAAUUUCUAAUGGGACAAAAGGGCUGAAUGAGCAACAGAAACACCUGGCUGGUAAAGCUUGGAGGUUUCAGGCUCAGAUUAAAUUUAAUUAAACACAUUCUAACACAUAUACACAAUGCAGGGGAUGCAACUCAUUUACAAACACAAUGUGGUCUACUUAGAAAGCAUUAAUAAUAUUGUUAGAAUUAUUAUUUUUAUUAUUAUUAUGUAUAGAUGAUAGCUCUGAGAUGUCUUUUGCCCAGUUGAGAGGUAUAUAAGAAAAUAAUAUGUUUUUUAAAUAGACAGGAACUCGUUUUAUCAGCCCCUUCCCAAGGCAGCCCCUGACACAGAAUCGUGCUCCCCGAACUCCAUGCUGGGGGCUCACAGCAAAGUGACAACCAAGAUUAACCUUGUUUAACACAGGAGAUCUAAUAAGGUAACAGUCCAAGGUAGGCUGCAUUAUUACUUUAAGUUGUAAGCUAACAAGCAGAGCAGUGCAGGGCAGAGCAGAGCAGGGCAGGGCAGGGCAGAGCAGGUAAACCCAAGCUGGCCUGGGUGGGAUUCAUCAGCAUACUGGUAUUGAGUGACUGAAUGUGUUUACCUAUUUUUAAAUUGUGUACUGAACACUAAGUAGACUACAUUUUGUAAAGGGCUAUUUUCAUUCAUUAUCACCGAGAUUAUUAUUAUUUAUCUAUCUAACUAGCUCUCUCUCUCUCUCUCUCUCUCUCUCUCU